AUGAGUAAUCCAGGAAGGACUCACUGGAUGGCUCUUAAAUGGAUUAUGAGAUACCUACAAGGAACCAAAUCAGCAGGAAUUGUUUUUAAGAAAAACCACAGUUGUGAUCAGUGCGUUGAGGGGUUUUGUGAUGCAGAUUAUGCAGGAGAUUUAGACAAAAUGAAGUCUACAUCUGGGUUUGUUUUUACUUUGUGGGGAAACACUGUCAGUUGGAAAUCAAAAUUGCAGCAUAUGGUUACCCUGUCUUCAACUGAGUCAGAAUAUGUUGCAUUGACUGAGGCAGCAAAGGAAGCCACCUGGUUGAAAGGUCUGAUCAAUGAGCUGGGUAUUGAGCAACAGACAGUGAAGAUUAACAGUGACAGUCAGAGUGUGAUUCACCUCUGUAAAAACUAA